UCAAAGCUGCUCACGGGAAACGAGGAGAAGAUAAAAAACGGGACAAAAUAUUAAGAGAGGGGAGGAGUACAAAUCUGGCGCAGAUCCGAGUUAUAACAGCGAGAGAAGAUCCAGUUUGCGCUCCAAGAUCCAACAGCCCCUUUUACUGAUGAGGUUCGAAGCAAGUGUCAGAGAGGAUUGAACUGCCCUCAUCAACGGUGCACAGCACUGCCAGAGAAGCACGGCCUCCCCACAGGCCCAAGUCCUGUUGAUCACAUUUUCUGCCCUAGUUUGUCAUCCAGAGAAAACAAAACUGUUUCUCCAACGCUUCUAUCAAAAACUGAGACUGUUUUCUAAAGCAGAAGCGGCCCAGUCCCCGCAGUUGGAAGUGAUGGGGAGCCUGCGUAGCCAUCGUUACAGUAUUGUGUCCUCGGAGGAAGAUGGCAUGAAGCUAGCGUCCAUCGUUGUUCCAAAUGGUUACGGGAAUGGCAACGUAAACAAGGGGCACACGGAGCGUCAAAGCCGCUUUGUAAGCAAGGAUGGCCACUGCAAUGUGCAGUUUAUCAAUAUGAGCGAAAAAGGCCAGCGUUACCUGGCAGAUAUCUUCACCACUUGUGUGGACAUUCGCUGGCGCUGGAUGUUUGUCUUAUUCUGCCUGUCUUUCCUUUUGUCAUGGUUGUUUUUUGGACUUGUCUUCUGGGCAGUGGCACUGGUGUAUGGGGAUUUGGAGAAUGAGACUCAAUUAUGUGUUUCCAAUGUGAACAGCUUCACAGCAGCCUUUUUGUUUUCAGUCGAGACCCAAACCACAAUUGGGUACGGUUACCGCUAUGUGACAGAGGAAUGUCCAAUUGCUGUUUUUACGGUGGUGUUUCAAAGCAUUGUGGGCUGCAUUAUUGAUGCUUUCAUUAUUGGUGCCGUCAUGGCCAAGAUGGCAAAGCCCAAGAAGAGGAAUGAGACUCUGGUGUUCAGUCACUAUGCCACAGUAGCAAUGAGGGACGGUAAACUUUGCCUGAUGUGGCGGGUGGGAAAUCUGAGGAAGAGUCACCUGGUAGAGGCUCACGUCAGGGCCCAGCUCCUCAAGUCCCGCACCACAGCGGAGGGAGAGUUCAUCCCUCUGGAUCAGGUAGACAUAGACGUUGGCUUUGACAGUGGGAUUGACAGAAUCUUCCUUGUGUCUCCAAUCACCAUUGUGCAUGAGAUUGAUGAGGACAGCCCAUUCUACGAGAUGAAUAAGCAGGAGCUGGAAACCUCAGAGUUUGAGAUUGUUGUGAUUCUGGAGGGCAUGGUGGAAGCCACCGCUAUGACAACUCAGUGUCGAAGCUCCUAUGUGGCCAACGAGAUCCUCUGGGGCCAUCGCUUUGACCCAGUGCUCUUUGAAGAGAAGAACUACUACAAAGUAGACUACUCUCGAUUUGACAACACUUACGAGGUGCCCAGCACUCCCACCUGUAGCGCCAGGGAGCUGGCUGAGAAGAAGUCCAAUGCUUCCAGCAUGAGGAACUCCUUUUGUUACGAGAAUGAAGUGGCUCUUGAGAAAGUUGAGCUGGAGGAGGGGUUUGAGGAGGACAGAGGCAGAUUGAUGAGGGACGUUGAGGUUUGUGCUCUUGAGGACACAAGCACAGAUUUGGUUUCAAGUCCCGAAUGCACCCUGGACUCUUUGCCUUUUGAUGCAAGACCUUUGACGGCAGAAUCAGAGAUUUGACUGCAAUGGGCUUUAUUUUUAACCUGGUUGAUAUUUUUAAUAAUUGCAUGAAGUUUGUGAGCGACCAGGGUUUAAAAGUCUCUGUGCAGAACACCAAAUAUUAACUUGUUAUAUAAUUUACAUUGACACUGCUUGCAUAGAUUUUGUUAUAAAAUGGGUUACAUGCCAUCAAGCACACAGAGUGCAGUAUGUUUCUCCUAAAAUAAUUCAAUUUUAAAUAUUUAAGUAACAAGCUAAGUUCCGUUUUAUUAAUUACAUAUUCCUUGUUUGCACAUUUUGCAUUAAGCAUCUUGAACUUCAUAUUUUUUGUUGUUUUAUAGUUGUUGCACAGGGUUGUGUAGUUCAAAAAUAAAAUAAAUGUUUUGAAAAUAGUUUUCAAACUUGUUUUAAAGGCUAUUAAGUCAAAUUACCAACACAAAAUUGGGCUUUGACUGUUAAUGAGCUGGUCUCUUAACGACAAAAACCUCCAGUAUUCUAAAAUGUGCUUGUUUCAUGGUCAAAUAAAAAUAAAGUAGGAUUUGCACAAAUUCUGAGUACACUACGCUCAUCCUCAACCUAUCAUCUUGUCCAUGUGGAGUCUUUUGCAACGUGUGCCUUAACAAAAGUUCUUGUUCCCCAUAGACGAACUCAGCUAGUUUGGCUUUGAUUGAGCACACACUGCAUUAGAUCUCAUAGUGCGAAGACGCAUGAAGAUAUGAUUCAUUGUUGCAGAUUUCUGCCAGGUUUUUGUGUUUUAAUGUGGAAUACUGUCAGCUGUUAGGAAGAGACAUGAGUCCCGAUCGCAAGCCAAGGCAAUGAAUGUUAAAGAUAAGUGCUGCUAAGUUACAUAUUGUAUAGACAGAAAUCUCAGAGCCAAACUGUAUUAUUGUUAUUGUUUUCAGAUUGCAGAUUGCACAUUAGUGUUUUAUCUAGCUGUAGACAAGCAUGAUUAUGUGAAGUGUGUUUUCUAAAGCUUCAGUGCACUUUUUUUUCCUCAGCAGAAACUUCUUCCGUAUAGAAAGGCAGAUACGGUUUUACAACCAAAAGUUAGGUGUGUACGUAUAUGUUAUACGUUAAAUAUAAAACUUAAUUUCUUUCCUCAUCUAGCAAUGGUUGAUUGACAGACUGAAGGUUUAUUUGAACUUAUUUUACCAUAGUUUACUCUAUUUAAACAUUCAUGUUUUUGACAUGUGUGAUGUGCAGAAUCUGGAGACAUCCUAGUUAAACUGCCUUCCAAAUUAUUCAUACCUCAUGAACUUUGUUUCUUUACUGUUUCGUCCCAAACUUCAAAGUAUUUUAUAGGAUUUUUAUGUUAUAGACCAACACAAGUAGUGGAUGAAUGUGAAGUAAAAUAAUGGUUUCUUUUAAAAAAAUCAAAAUCAAGAACCCUGUGGAGAUUAAAAGGUUUGCAAAUUCUCCAUUGCCAAAUAACUCAAACAGCAUGAGACUGGAUGGAAAGCAUCUGUAAACACUGAUUUUCAAGCCUGCCACAGCUUUUCAAUUUUAUUUAGGUUUGGACUUUGACUGGGCCAAUCUAACAAAUGAAUAUCCUUCUAUUCAAACAAUUUCAUUGUAUGUUUAAAGCAUGAUUGAUGUGGAAGAUGACCCUCCACCCUAGUCUCAAGGCUUUUGCCACCUAUAACUGGUUUGCUUCUCCACAGCAUGAUGUUACUGGGAUGUUCAGGGUGAUAUGCAACAUUGUUUUCCACCAUGCAAAGCAUUGUGCUGGUAAAAAGUUACAGUUUGGUCGUAUCCGACCAGAGCACCUUCACCCACAUCUGUCCCCAUCAUUGGGACUCAGCAAAUCCGCCUGACAGAGGAGCUGCAAAGAAUUCCAGUUCAAAUGGGUCUCUGAUUUACUAUGGGCCUCUUGGCUGCUUCUCUGAUUAAUGCUGACCUUGAUCCACCUGUCAGUUUAGGGAUAUCAGAGUAAGGAAAGCUGAUGUCCAUUUUCAUAAUUAUACAAUACUUUGUGUUGGUCUGUACCUUGUACUCGUACUCGUUGUCUUCUGCUUAUCCGGGACCGGGUCGCGGGGGCAGCAGA